AAGAAACGUGCUUCGGCGCGUGAUGAGCUGGAAAAUACAUCCUGGAUAUCGCCGCACUCAGCCACGACAUUGCACUCAGAGGCGAUGAGUCAAUCAGUGGCUAGUCGUUGCUCGGCUCGGCCCUUUGGGCCUCGCCUUCGCCCACACUGAUGAAUAUAUCCAUCCACUUGAACACCCCAGGUCAGCUUAUACCGUGUGUGUGUCCAUCGACUGACUGGGCACUCUCACACUUGCUCCGGCAACUUCCCUGCACGCACACACACACACACACACACACAGACAGAGAGAGAGAGAGAGCGGGAGGCACGGCCAAAGCACACAGGGGAAUGAAGACGGCUUGCUGUGCUGUGCUGUGUGUUGUGUGUUUCAGAGGGCCAGGUGAGGCCGAUGUGCUCUUUCUGUCGGGCCCACCACUUCGCGAGCCUAUCAUCCAGCCAUCGCCGUACGCACCAACCACUACCCAUACAACGACGAGAGCAUCAACCAAGGACGGUGUCUGUCUGUCUCUGUGCAGGGACAUUGUGUGCGGGUCGAUGGACCAGGCGCGUGAAUGAAGACAAGUGCAGGCCCAUGUCUGUGCGGAUGGGCGAGACGGCCGUGUGUGUGUGUGCAUCAGGCGGAUUCGCGAGCUGUACCGGGAGUAUUUUGGUAGAGGCCGUGUGUAUGUAGUCCUAGCUAGGCUGGUAAGUGCAGUAAGGAUCAUGUGGCAACCAAUAACGGAACUACCUACCGUGCAGCAGAGAGUGAGAAGUGUAGGUAUUGCCAGUAGCAUUGUGGCGACUUCCAUCUGGCUGUGUGAAUGGCAUUCGUUGAGUUGUCUGUCUGGCCACAACACACACAGCGUGUCUCGCCAUCGGUACGUACAUGCGGGGCGAUUUGUUCACUUGGGCUCGUGAAUGGGCUCGAGGUAAGUCACACCUACCAUCCAUAUCAAUAUCUCCCUGUAUGCAUGCAUAUCGAUGGCAUGAUCGAAUUGUAUGUACAUACAUACAUACAAAGGCGGAAUUAAGUGAGUGAGUGAUUGACUGAGUGGCUGAUUGCAGGGGAGGCGCAUGACGCCCCUGCAGCUACUGUCGCUGGCUGUUCUUCUGUUGGACUCACUCACUCAAUCUGAGCGAGCACUGUAUGUGUGUCUCUCUUUCACUCGCUCAGAUUACGAAGCUGCUAGGCGUUUUACGCCUGGUCUCGAGAUAGUCGUGCACCCUGAAGGCUACACGGGCCAGAUCUUCAAUGUUGAAGGUGACAAGAGGUGAAGGCAUCGUGAACACCUGUGUACGUUUGUGUGUGCAUGCAGCGUUUCCGUUUGUACCGCCGUUCCACGGUCAUGUGCUGGCGGAGUUGCACUACAGUACACACAGCACACCACAUGACAUGACAUGACAUCACAUCACAUCGCAUCACAUCACAUGAUUUCGUGCCUCCUUCGUUCAGCGCAUAUCUGGGUUGAGCCGACUCCACCACCCCAACAACAGGGACCAGUUCCCGACACGCAAAUGACCGACGCAGCCGAGCACGGCCACACAGACACGCAGCCCGGUGCUCAGGAGAUGGACACGGCCGCCACGCAGCCAGGUGCUCAGGAGCGCGGCCACACAGCCACGCUGCCCGGCACAGCCACGCCGCCACUCUUCAAUGUGGAAGGCGAGCAGCACACACACACACACACACACUCACACACACGCACCACGUGUGUGUCGCUCGUGUGGUGCGCUGGCUUCAGUGGUGCGGAUUUUCCCAAUUUUGACGGACGCCGAACUCCGAGGUCAUUCACAAAAGGCACAAAACUCACAAGCGACGGUCACACUUCGUGCAUGUCAGGUUUGGCCCGUGAUGCGUUCGACCAGAACAAUCGAAGGGGCAACACCGAAGUACACAAUAGCGAAGUCCCAUUCCCACAUACAUCGGUGUGUGUGUUUUGUGUGAGUGUGUUAGGAGGCGGCAGUCCAGGCCGGGACAGACAUUUGGGAAGCGCGCCGGAUGUUCACGAGCGCCGAAAGGUUCGCAAUCUGGCUCCGAUCCAUCGUCAGGCUGGUCAAGUAAGUGAGGAAGGAAAGAAGAGACAGACAGACUGUGUAUUCCCAUGUGCAGCAACGAAUUGCGGAAUGGCACGUGGUCGAAGCGGCGCGGGCUGGGGCUGUUCAACUUCGAGGCCAAGAGGCUCCUCCUCAUUCUCGGGAUAACAAAGGGCUGCAAACCAUACUUUCCCGGUGAUCUCGUGAAAUCCUACAGUGAUGCAGACAAGUCUCAUGAUGCAUGCCUGUGUGUAUCAUACUAGAUUUUGAGUGGGAUGACGAGGAUCCCGAUGAGGAUGACGAGAGCUGGGGCGGCCCCGCACACCAGCAGCAGCCAGCACUAGCUACACCAGCAGCAGCCAGCACUAGCGCCUCGCAGAAAGCACAGAAGGCAAGCGAACUGAAAGAAAUUGCAGUGACAUCCUGUGUGUGUGUGUACGAUCAGGAUGCCGUGACGGAGUCCCCUGCUGCUGGUGGUGCUGCUGGGCCCGCCCAGCCACUUCACACCUAUGGCCAACAAGAUGCACACGGCAGACACAGACGCGGCCAUCGAUCACACACAGGUAAGAGCGGACAAACAAGAGACACAUGGGAAGAUGCACUUGUUGGCCCUUGGCACUACUUGUUGGUGUGUACAGCGUUCGGUGUCAGUGUAUGAGCGUCGUGCUGAGACUGUGGUGGUGACGAGCAUCCUCGCGACCAUGCCCACCAGACCCACUGUGGCUGAGCUCAUCGAAUACGGCAAGACAGGUGAUUCACACACACACACACACAAAGAAGGGGAAACUGGCUGUUUAUUUGGAUGGAUGGAUGGAUGUGUGCAGUCGAGUGUGAGAUGGAUGUGUGCAGUCGCGGACGGAGAGGAAGAGCGAGAGGGCGAGCAGACGGCGGCCAAGAAGCGCAGCACUCACACCGCCAAGAUACACACGCAGGUACGUAUGAAAGAGACACGACAGCAGCACAUAUGCGUUGGUUGGUUGGUUGGUUGACUGGAUGUGCAGGCUUUGGUGUCAGCGGUGGUGCCGACGAUGUCCGGCAAGAUGUCACAAGUGCGUGCGUUCGCCGACAAACACACCGCAUGUGGAUGAUGUGUGUGUUAUGUGUUAUUCUUCUACCAGAUGAAGGCACUGGCCAUCACUGGCAGUGCACAGUAGAGACGAGAUGCUGACAGAGAUAGACAGACAGACAGACACGGAGAGCUGUUCGAAUUCGCGUCUGAAAGAACGGCUUUUUUUUUGAAAGAAAGUGGGUUGCGUUUUGAU